CAUGGGUAAAAAACGAAAAAACAAAGAGGCUAAACAAGAACGUUUAAAUGCUAAAGAAGAAAAGUUAUUAGAUAGAAAAUUAAACAAAGAAAUCAAAAAUGCGGGAGAAGAAAAUAUAGAAAGUAUUAUUUUAAAACAUCUUAAUGAUACACCAAAAAUUUUUAAAAUUGAAAACAUAACAUAUCCAUCUCCCAGAACCAAUUCAACUUUUAUUUCACAUCCAAAUAAAGAAAUUAUAUACUUAUUUGGAGGUGAAUAUGACAACGGAAAAGAAGUGACAUUUUACAAUGAUUUUUUUUAUUACACACCACACAAAAAUGAAUGGUUUCAAAUAUUCUGUGAAAUAAUGCCUCCACCACGAUCUUCACAUCAAAUGGUGAGCUUCGCUCAUUCAGGUGGGCAAUUAUGGCUAUUUGGAGGGGAAUUUAUAACUAAAUCUCAUGUUCAAAUCCAUCAUUACAACGAUCUUUGGCUUUUCGAUAUAAUUCAACAAAAAUGGGAAAAGAUAGAUUCACCCAGAGCGCCCUCACCCAGGAGUGGACACAGGAUGGUUGCUUUCAAAAAAAUUAUCGUUUUAUUUGGAGGAUUCUUUAACAACGAAAAGUACUGUCAAUACUUUAACGAUCUUUACUUGUUCCACACCGAAAACAGGGUUUGGAUGAAUAUAGAUAUCAAAAAUCAGAAAGGCAUACCUCCCUCGCCUCGUUCGGCUUUUCACUUCUUACCGUACAAAAUCACUGAUAAUAAAUUAAAAAAUAUUACGUCUCUCGAUUCGUCAUCGACGCUCGAUGAAAAGACAUCUAAACAACGCGAAACAAAUAAGGACACAGAUGAAAAUGAGGGUAUUUUGCUCUUUUGGGGCUACACCGUGAAUUACGGGAAAGGAAGUUCAACCGAAAAUAAGAAAAAUUUGGAAGUGGGGACCGGUCAAAAUUUAAUCGAUAUGUACAAAUUGGUUCCGGAUUUAAAGAACAUCGACAAAAAUACAGCCAUACCAAUGGUAUGGAGAUGGACCGCGGUUAAGCAAAAGAUGGGUGGAUGUCUGCACAAAGAUCAAAGUCUUUUUCAGAGAUGCGGGGCCGUGUCUGUUAAUUAUGGAACCGAUAGAGUAUUGCUGUUCGGGGGUGUUUUUGACAAGGAACAAACGGAAGAACUUAUAUGUGAAAGCGUUUUCUACAACGACAUAUACCAAUUCGACGUAUCUUCCUCUACAUGGGUACCUUUCCCCAUCCUCAAACGACACAUCAAUGACCCUACCUCAUAUUCUAAUACUGCUAUCGCUCAACUAUCCAAAGAAAGCGAAUCUUUACCUUUCAGCUUGAAACGGGUCAAAUUAUUACCGAAAACGGGAGAAAACGGAAGAUUUAUUUCGGACGAAGAAGAUCUUGACGAAGAGUUUGACUCCGUAAAUUUAACAUCGAACCACGGAGAUUUAAAUAAUACAAAUAGCAUCCAAAAUAGUAUUACUAAUAAUGUAGACGAAAAAAAAGAUAUUUCCGAUAGGUGUGAUCACGUAAGACCUGGUCCGAGGAUGAAAUCUUGCGCAACUGUCUUACGUACUUCUGCAGGACAACUGACCCUUUUCUUACUUGGGGGAAUGAUUGAAGCGAGCGCCAUAUUGGAACUCGAUGAGGAUACAGGAGGAAAAAACAAAAAAGGAGAUAGUGAUAGGACGCUUAUAUUGGACGAUUUUUAUAAGCUGGAUUUGAACGUGGGAAACAAAGGGCGAAAAAAGAAAGGUACUCAGAGGAUAGAAAGAUGUUGGGUACAAAUUCACGCUGGUUCUGGCUCGAAUAGGAUAGGAGAUUUCUAUUCUUCCCAAUCUUCUUCAGAUUCUCUUUCAGGUGAAGAUGACUCAUUUACUGAUCUUGAUUCUAGUUAAUGAAUGCCAGUCCAGUUAGAUAAUUUGUUUAAAAAAAAUCACUGAAAGGAUUAUUUUUAAAAAUUCUUUAUAUUCCUCAUAUAUUGAAAACUCGAUAUUAUAUUUAAAUUUUAUAUUGAAUUGAUUCAUAUGAUUUUUAACCAGAAACUAAUCCUAUGUGAUUUGAUUCAUAUGAUUUUUAACCAGAAACUAAUCCUAUGUGAUUUGA